AAUUAAUUGUAAAUAAUUUAUUAUUAGUAUUCUUAUUCUUUGAAUUAUUGAUUGUUAAUUAUGUUUAACUGAUUAAAUCAGGAAAAUGGAUCGUCAAGGAUUUAGUGUUUUCCCUCUUGAAAAUUUCCACUUUCUCUUCAUCAUGUUACUUAUUGUGUAUCUUUCUAUGUUUAUCUUGAUUUAAUCACUACUAUCAAUUGAUUUGAUUAUUUAUCUUUUCGUUUUUCUUUGCUCAAUCACUUAAUGAGAUGGUCAACCUUUCUUACAAUUUAAGAAUCAAAUUCUGUAUUCAAGGUUUAAAGUAAAGUUUUUAUUGUUCCAACAUUCAACCAACCGGUUGCUCUCUCAUGCUCUAGGCUUUCCUACACUUGAUUGUUAUUGCUUGAAGCUUCAACGAAAUCAUUGUUAAUUCUGUUAAUUUUCUUCCCCUGUUCCCAUUGAUUAAUCAAGUUUUCGUUAAUUAUAAUCUCUCUCUAUCUCUCUUUAACGUCCCAUUUCCAUAGACAAAAAAUUAUCAUUGGAAUCUGAUGAUAAAUCGGCUGAGCGUUUAUUCAGCUUCCAACAUCCAAAUUAGUUGAUUUCUAUUCUCUUGUUUACUAAUAUUCUUUAUUUUCUCAAAUCACUCAUCAUUUAAAUCAACAUUUAUCUUCUCAAUCAAGUUAAAUCAAAUCAACACCAAAUUGGAAAUCGAUACAAUUGAUUGUCUACCAAAACAAUAAUCAAUUUCUUCACCUGAUCAUCUGUUCAAUCCGGAGCAUAAGGAAAUUGAUGCUCCAUUAAAACUGUGGAUCAAUUUUGUCAAACAUAAUCAACCAGCCCACAACCUUAAUCAAAAGGUUUAAUUGUUAAACCUUAAGUGUAACAAUCAACCCAAGUGUCUAUUGGAUUAAUCUUAUUAUCUUAUGUUUACACCUUUACCUUGACUACAUUGAACGAAAUGGACAAAGGUAAAUCAUCCAAUGGUCAACCGAUUGGUUUCAUUGAUAAUACUCAUCAUGAUCUGACUGGAGAGCAAUUAAAAACAAUUAGACAAUUGGUUAAAACGUUGAAAGUUAAAGAUGAUGGUGCUAAAAGUAGAAAUCAAUUUAUCCAUCAAUUGUACAAUGAUUGGUCCAAAUUAAGCUUAUUGUGUGAACAAAUCUCUACAUCAGCAGUUAAUUAUGAUCAUAUUGGUAUUCAUGACAAUCAAAUUGUUAAAGCAACUCCUUUAAACGAUGAUAACAACAAUUACCAUGGAAACAAAGUAUCACAAUAUAAUGGUGUUAAAAGUUUGAUCAAAGUUGUCAGUAAAUUUGUUUACCAUGUUGAAAGUGGCCUUAAAAAAGACGAUGGUAAAAGUAUCGACUUUGAACCUUUAAUACAAAUAACCGAGAUGUUAACUCACUUGAUUGAGAUUGUAAGCAGAAUAUUUAUUCCCGGACAAUCAAUUGGUACUGGUAAACAUGCGACACUUUACCUACUCGAUACUUAUUUAGAGUCGAGAGAUAAAAUAACCAAUGGAAUCAAAGCUUAUUGGUCCAGUUAUCCCGCUUUUUGGUUAGAUGAAGAUUCUCAAUGGCUCUCAUCCGUUUUCUCACUUGCAUCCUCGUCUCUCAGUAAUUUACCUUAUUCAUUGAUGUCCUUGGUUUCUCGUUCUGCUCAUGGCCAUUGGCAGGAAGAUUUACUUCAUUCAGCUAAUCCUUAUUUUCCACUCAAUUUGGUUAAUUAUCUGAACAAUCCGUUAACCUCAAGUAUCAACUGGUUAUCAUGCAAAUAUCAUGGUCUUCAUGUAAGAGAGAUUUUGGUCGACAAUCGACAAACCGAAUGGCAUAUUCCCUUUGACGAGGAAGAUGGAGAUGGUAAAGUAAAGUUUAUUCCGGCUGAUGUUUCGACGGGGGAUAAGUUGAAACCAUUGAAGUGUCGAUUGAUUCACCAAGCCGGUGCUAAGCCGAAUGGUAAUAUUAUCUUACAUGCACAAGGAGGCGCGUUUACUGUUGAACUGCCUUCCGUUUUUGACCAGUGUUUCCGUGUUUGGACUCCACAAUUAGAAGGAGCUGUUAUUCUUGAUGUUGUUUAUUCUCGAUAUGUUCGUUAUCCUGUUCAAGUACAAGAACUUCUUGAUGUUUUUCUUUGGCUAACCAACUAUCAAACGAACGAUGUCGAGUCGAUUCUUGGUUUUAUUCCAAAGAAAAUUAUAUUCUGUGGAGACUCAGCUGGUGGAUUAUUCUUCUUCUCCUUGGCAACUAUUAUCCGUGACAUUCAAAUUCUCUCAUCGUCACCGUCAUCAUCAUAUUCACUUAUAAAUACAAAGAAACCUUUUCCCGAUCAUUUAUACCCAAAGGCAUUGGUUACUUUCUAUCCAGUGCUUUCGAUCACAUUUCCAACUGUUCAACCUUCGUUAAUAUUGUCAUUUUUGGACCAAUUUUUGACCCCAUUAACGAUUCUCAAUUGUCUAUCUUUAUACUCAUCGGGUGUCAUUUUUGACUCUGAAUGUACUAACCUUGAUUCCCCUGAUGCCUCUCGAUACCUUCAACCCGAUCGAUGGCAAGCAUUUUACAACACUUGGAUGGGGAAGAGAAAAAAUUGGCUCGAAUGUGAUAAAGAAACUCUAGAUGAACGGGUCGAGAAAAUUUCCGAAGCAGCAUUAACACCUUACAAAGCUCCGCUUAUUUCAUAUGAUCUUGACCUAAUUAAAGAUCUGAACAUUUACCUGGUUGUUGGUGAAUUUGAUCCAUUCCUUGAUACAAACAUUGAAUUCGCACAAAGAUGGCCUGGAAAAAUAAAACUCGACGUAAUCGAUGACCUGGGCCAUGGAUUCUUAGCGCUAUCAUGGUCAAGUCCAAGAUGUCGCAGAGCGGCUCGUGUUUGUCUCAACAGAAUUUUGGAAGCUUUCAAUGAGUAAUAAUCAACAAUUAACGCGAUCAAGUUCAAAAUACAUAUCGAUCAACCUACUCAGUGACAAUUUCGUUAUUAUAUUUUUCUUACAUUUCAUUAUUUUCAAUAAUCUCAAACUUAUAUAAAUACAAUUUAAAUUAAGACAAAUCAACUAUUUUAUAUAAAUAUUGAGUUAAUUUACAAUUUAAAUUGUUGUAGUUGAAAAAAAAACUACUAAUUUGUUUUUCUUAUUAUAUAACUUUUUCAAUUGUAUUUCUGUGACAUUGUUAACAAUCAACACUGUAAAUGACCAAUUAAGUAUUUGAAACAUUUGCUG